UAAACACCUCCCAUUUGCCGUGUCUGCUCAACCCUCAUUCAAAACAGAUCACAGCUGUUGCGAAGCACACUGCCUUUAGGCGCUUCUGAAAUCUGCUGCCACAACGAAACGAGUGUUUCACCCGAAAAGAGGGACCUGGCACCCAUCUCAGUGUGAGUGCGCACACUGAGGAUGAGGAUGAGGAGUGGUCUCCUGCACUAACAGACUGAUGGUGUGGGAAUGAUGGACCUCCCCAAUGGCCAAUCAGGCAUCACAACUGCCUCUGAGAAGAGCAGCAGCUCAGAGUCUCUCAGUGAGAAGGGUUCUGAACUAAAGAAGAGUUUUGAUGCCGUCGUCUUCGAUGUCCUGAAGGUCACCCCGGAGGAGUAUGCAGGUCAGAUCACACUCAUGGACGCUCCAGUGUUCAAAGCCAUCCAGCCUGAGGAGCUGUCGAGUUGUGGCUGGAACAAGAAGGAGAAGCACAGCUCUGCUCCCAAUGCUGUGGCCUUCACCCGCAGAUUCAACCAGACGACUUUCUGGGUGGUGAGGGAGAUCCUGCAUGCUCAGACCCUGAAGAUCAGAGCUGAGGUACUCAGUCUCUACAUCAGAACUGCCAAGAAACUGUGUGACAUAAACAACCUGCAUGCAGUGAUGGCUGUGGUGUCAGGCCUACAAAGCGCUCCCAUCUAUAGACUCUCCAAGACAUGGGCGUUGUUGAGUCGGAAGGACAAAACAACGUUUGAGCGGUUGGAGUAUCUCAUGGCCAAAGAAGACAACUACAAACGUCUCCGAGACUACAUACGCAGCCAGAGCAUGAACUCCUGUAUACCGUACCUGGGGAUGUAUCUGUCUGACCUGACAUAUAUAGACUCAGCGUAUCCCUCUACUGGCAGCAUCCUGGAGAAUGAACAGAGAUCCAACCUCAUGAACAACAUCCUGAGGAUAAUAUCUGACCUGCAACGCUCCUGCACCUAUGAUAUACCAGUGUUGCCUCAUGUCCAGAAGUAUCUCAACUCAGUCAGGUACAUUGAGGAGCUACAGAAGUUUGUGGAGGAUGACAACUACAAGUUGUCGUUGAAGAUUGAGCCAGCCACCAGCACCCCUCGCUCUACUGCCUCUAGAGAGGACCUCGUAGGUCCUGACGCUUCUACGUCUCCUCUCUGUGGCCAUAAGGGCCACAUUGCAGACGGAACCAAAAUCCCUCCCACGCCCCCCUCCCCUAGGAACCUCCUCCCCUACGGACACAGAAAGUGUCACAGCCUGGGCUACAAUUUUAUCCAUAAGAUGAAUACAGUGGAGUUUAAGAGCGCUACGUUCCCCAACGCUGGUUCUCGUCAUCUAUUGGACGACAGCGUCAUGGAGAGCCACACCCCUGCAAGAGGACAAGCUGAGAGCUCAACGCUCUCCAGCGGCAUCUCACUAGGGAGCAGUGAAGGUUCAGAGCUCAGCGAGGAGAUGUCCUGGCCAGCCUUUGAGAGGACUCGGUUCUAUCACUCUCUGGGGCCUGUGACCCGCGUGGCCAGAAUCCCCUACAGAGGAGGCCUGAGGCCCAGCAGCUCGGCAGAGUCUGAGGAGUUAGCGGUGCACCUGUACCCUGGAGCCGUCACCGUACAGGGAGUCCUACGACGCAAGACUGUCCUCAAGGAGGGCAAGAAACCCACGGUAGCGUCGUGGACCAAGUUCUGGGUGGCUCUGUGUGGAACUCAGCUCUACUUCUACCCUGCCAAGUCCCUAAAGGCCACAGAGAGAAAGCAUUUCAAGUCAUCUAGCAGUAAGAGCGUGUGUGUCGUGGGGUUAAUGGCCAUCAUGGCAGACGACCCUGAACAUCCCGACAUCUUCCUGCUCACAGACUCUGAACAUGGUAACACCUAUAAGUACCAGGCAGGGAACAAAAUGAACGCCCUGCUGUGGUUCAAACACCUCAGUGCUGCCUGCCAGAGCAACAGACAACAGGUCCCAGCCAAUUUGAUGUCCUUUGAAUGAUUGCUGCUGUAGAGGACAGAACGAUAGAGAGAGAGAAAAGAAAGGAAUAGGGGAGGAGAUGAGAAGGAGGGUUAGUGACUUAGCAGCAGGAGCUUUCACUGCCAUGACCCCUGACCUAUACACCCUGACCCCAGCCCCACGGCAACCCCCCCACUGCCACCACUGCCUUAACUUAAGGAGCCGUGUGUGUGUAUGAGUGUGUUGAAGCAGUGGUUAAUUUGGCUGCGUAGAUUACUGAAUGGGGAACUACACCACUUCUCCUUUCUUGUUGUCUCUGUCUCUUUUCCAGUGGACUAUCAACCUCGUGGAACUAUGGGAUGUCUCCUCUCCUCUUUCUUGGGAUGGAUGGACAUUAUUUAUCCUUCAUCACUCCCCGUCUUCUUGACACAGCGUGGUCUGGUGGAAGACAGUCUGCACUUUGUAGGGCAGGACUUACACAACAACACACUCACAAACAACACUGGACUAAGCCAAUGGAAUGGGAUUUUAAACACUUUUCUUUAUCACACUUUGACUCACACACACACAAGACCCCAAUGGUGUCUUUACACACUUGACAUGAGUUGGGCUCACAAAACUGACACUUUUCGCUCAUUCACAAAUGCACAAAUGUACACACAAGCACACACACUCGGACAAGGGGGAGUGAGCGUGUGAUUGCAGCAUUGUGAACAUGAAGGGCUCUGAUUCUCAAUCUAUUCCAGCAGAAUCUACUCCCACACACACGUCCUGAAUGUCUCCAACUGUUUUAUAUUCCAGAGCCUCCCCUUCUCGGGUCUAUGUAUGUGAGCGCGUAUGCUAGGUCACAUCACCGAUACCAUAAACCCAGUGUCUAAGCUUUCCUCUAUUCCACUGUUAUGGACCCAGUUAUAUCUCUUUUAGAAAUAGGCUUUUGGGUUACUCUCUGGACAGCCGUCUGUGCUCUGUCCACUUGUUAAGGCUCUAGAUUCCCCAGAACACACACACACAUUAACACUAAAGACUUGAAACUGUGAAAAGGUGAACGAUAGAGCAGAGUGAAAGAUGGGGGAGUGUUGAAGGGAUACUUGGGGAUUUUGGCAAUGAGGCCAUUUUAUCCACUUCCCCAGAGUCCGAUGAACUCAUGGAAACCAUUUGUAUGUCUCUGUGUCCAGUAUGAAAGAAGUUGGAGGUAGUUUUGCGAGACGAUGCUAACUAGUGUUAGCGCAAUGGCUGGAAGUCUAUUGAUAUCUACUAGCAUGCUAACAGAUAGACAGAGACAUAUAAAUGGGAAGUGGUUAAAAGGCCCUCAUUGCCAAAAUCCCCAAGUAUCUCUUCAACACCAGACAAAUGAUUUUCUCAACUUCUUGUUUUGUUGUUGCUUUAACAUGAGUGGGAGAUUCAGGUCCUGAGCUAACCUGCUUCACAACUCUUGAGUGUGUGUUUUAUACACACAGACUGCUACACACACGCACACACUGCUGCAGACACACACAUGAAGCUAUCUGGAGCCAUUCAGAAUUAAUUUUAACGAUUUUGUUUAGUGUUUUAGUUUCCUUGGUGUGCUGGAUGUAUUGGCAGUAUUACUCUGUAGAUGACAUGCAAAUGUCUAGCUUGUUUUAAUUGUCUGUUACAUUUCUGUUACAUUUUAUUUUUGGUUUCUUCACUUUUUCUGACAAUUGUAUACCUUUUUUUUUAUUUACUUGUUUUUUAUUUUAUUGUUGUAGUUUUUUAAUGUUUUCUCACCUAUGAGUUUCUCACAUAGGAGUACGGUACAGACCUACUACACUCUAAGGCAGAGUUCCCUGGCAGCCUCUAGACCUUUCCCCUGGUCCAUACUCCUGGCAUCUUCACAGGGGUGUGCCAAUGUACCAAACACAUUUUAUUUCAGAUUUGGGAGCAAGUGUUACAAUUAGAACAAAUUAAAUGAAUAUGUUUUUGGGGAAAGGAAGAAGGAUGGUGUAGUAACAUAUAUUCUGAUACUAGUCAUCUCAGAAAGGACUUAAAGCUUUAAUAGUGAUUUAUCCUACAUUAUAAACUGGGUGGUUCGAGCGAUGAAUGUUUAUUUGGCUAAAGCCGCGGUAUAUCAGACCGUAUACUGUACCAUGGGUAUGACAAAACAUGUAUUUGUAUUGCUCUAGUUACGUUGGUAACCAGUUUAUAAUAGCAAUACGGCACCUUGGGAGUUUGUGAUAUAUGGCCAAUAUACCACGGCUAAGGACUGUAUCCAGGCACUCCGCGUUGCGUCUUGCAUAAGAACAGUCCUUUGCCGUGGUAUAUUGGCCAUAUACCACACCCCCUCGGGCCGUAUUGCUUAAUUCUCUCCUGUCUCUGUCUCAACUUGAUAGUCAGGUUAGGUCCUGACUUGUAACAAUGAUUUACAUCUCCCAUCUGUUCCUAUAGCUAUGUUUAUGUCUCUUUUAGUUCACAUGUCUAUUGUCUACUUACAAUCGGAGGUCCAGCAAGUUCGCAUAACAUUCCUCACACCUCAAACUGACACUGUACUCUAGCAGCAAGAGACUCCAUCUCCCAUGGGCCUUGUGUGGCAGCUGUUGUCUCUUAGGUCCUCUAGAGGCUGAGCUAAUGGGAGUAGGUAGGUAGAACUUAUCCCUAACCACUGAUAUAUAGGGCCAGACUUUUAUUCACCCCCUAAUGGCUUGGUGUAAUCUGAUCCAAGAUGGGCAACUUCUACAUACUCCAUUUCAAUGACCUACAGAGGCUCAUUUCAGAGGGUCAACUCCUCAGCUCCUGGUAGUUAUCCCAGCAUGACCCCACACACACACAUCUACAGCAUCAGCUCCAUUAACAGCUACGCUCCAGCAGGGCUCCACAAACGAGUGGAUGAGGAAGCCAGAGAAAGAGAGGAAUGAGAGGGGUAGUGUUCGUGGUACAAAGGGAUGAGAGGAAAGUAAUAGUAUGAGUGUGUAGAACUUUUAAUUUGUAUAUUUUUUUAAUUAUACCUUAUUAAGAUUAGAUAGGCAGAGCCUCUAGGCUGUUAUUUCCUCACUGUUGAGCAGUGUGUAGAGCUCUGUGGGAAGUGGUAUGGCAUAUUCUAUGUGGAGUGAGUAUGAACAGAGAGUUGAAUGAAUCUAGUACAGAUGGUGGGGUGCAGGAGCUGGACAGCGACGCAAUCGGACAGAAGCUGCCCACAGAAGACCAGCAGAGGCGAAAGCAGUCUGUUUCCCCUCUGUUGUCCUCUUUUCCACUCCCAUCUCUUGUUUCCUCUCACAUCACUACUCACCUUCUCGUUCUCCUCUGGACAUAGAGGGCUUCAAUGCAAGAUGAAAAGGGUGAGAGAUGAAAUGCAGGAAAGAUAUUUUCCCAUGUUAGUGUCGUGUCAAACAGGGCGUGAGUGAUGUUUGCAUGUAUACCAGUGUCAUAACUAACUAUUAUAGGUAAAGGGUUAGGAGUGCCCUUGAGCUUUUACAAUCUGUUAGGGUGGGCCUUUUGUUUCUGAGAACUUUCUGAAUGUCAAAAAGGUUUGUGAGGUUUCCACAUUAUAACCAAAAUUUACAAGGUUUCUGUGUCAAUGUACAAAUGCACAACCGUGUGUACUGUCUGAGUGAAGUUGCUUUUUGGAUUUGUCUGCAGCUCUCAUUUUUAUUUUCCUUUACAGUUCAGCUGAGGUGACUGGUUUACACAGGAGGGGGGUGCUGUGGUGUUGCGUGUGUGCGCUGUAGGAAUGGAGAAGUUGCCUGUAGCCAUAGUUAAGCAUAUUCCCUCCAAAUCCUAAUUUGAACCAUAGGGAAAAUGUGUAACUGACCUUGGAUCAUUGUCUAGGGCGACAUCUACCUACUCUACUCCAUAUGGCUCAGUUGGAGAGUGAUGUUUAUGAUGUGUUGAAGACGUCACUUAGCUCUGUCCAUGCCCCAUGAACUGUGGGGUGUGUCCAUGUGCCAUCCCUCUACCACCUGUACCCUGACCCUGGUGAGGACCCACCCAUGUCAUGUGGCCCAGGUUUGCACUAUGACCUCUGAACUGAGUGAUGUGACCCGAGCCUCAUCCAGACAACCAAUAAACACUCUGCCCUUUUUAUACUCUGUCCCUUUGGUUCGCUUUUAUUUAUUUAAACAUGGUUUCAGCUAAAUGUGGUGUAUGAAUGUGUGUGUAAGGCCAGGAAUUCUGACCUACCACAUUAACUGUUAAACCACAUGAACUGUUAAAUGUCCUGGACAGUGCUUGUGGUUAGAAAAGAAAAUGUGUGUGUCUAAGCUGGUGUUAAUACAUUUUAGGUCCUGAUUGACCUACAAUCCUUCCUACUGAAAUAAACCUACUUGAAUUGUU